AUGCAUCAAUUAGUUGAUACUGAUCUAAGUGAUCCCAAUGUCUUCUUUACAACACCCAACAAGUCCAGAAGAUGUCCUGUUAUGGUCACAAUAGGUGACUAUAACGAAACAUCUGUGGACUUACAACAACUCUUGGAAGCUGGAAUGAACAUUGCUAAAUUGAAGAUAGCAGAAACUUCUACAGAAGAAAGGUCUUUUAUUCUGGAAAGACUCAAAAAAGCAACACAAAUAUGCUGUCGUAAAUACGACGUACAAUACUGGCCAGUAGCAACCUGCGUUGCGCUUAAGAAUUCUAUGGUUAAAACUGGACUUUUAGAAAGUGAAGAAGAAUAUAUAGAAAUAAAAGAAGAUUCUGAAAUUAUACUUACUAAUGAAGAUAAAUAUUACGAUAAAUGCAACGAAAAGAAAAUAUAUGUUAAUAAUCCAUUUCUCACUAUAGACACCAAUAUAGGUGGCUUCUUAUCAAACGUAUGUGAUUUUUGUACAAGAGUUGAAAACCAUUCAAGACCAUUUAUUACGCAAAAGGAUUGGGAUAUUGUCGACUUUGCUAUAGAAUAUGAGAUAGACAUGAUUAUUUUAAAUUAUGUUACAAACAGAGAAGUGGUGAAAGAAGUAAAAAAAUAUGUAAAAGACAAAAAGAGGCCGAUGAUAUUAAGUGGAAUCGCUACAAUGAAAGGACUUAAGAAUAUAGACGACAUUAUGAAGGAAUCCGACGGAAUCGUAUUGUCGAGGGAGUUUUUACCGUACGAAGUGUCAGCGACAUAUCGAUACAGAUUGCCGUACAUUCAGAAAUGGCUGGCAGCUAAAUGUUUCCAGGUCGGCAAGCCUUUAUUUAUUUGCGGUGGAGUUUUCGAAGAGGCUCUUAGAUUCGGAAAGUUUCGGUAUCCCCAGACGACAGACGUAUGUAAUGCAAUACUAGAUGGAAUCAGUGGCUUCAUUCUCAAAUCCUGUGCACCUUCUACCACUUUAACUGUUAAAGUAUUGAAAUCGAUAAACGAAAUAAGCUGCUUCGUUGAACCCUUAAUAACGAGUUCCUCGCAUUUUAUGAGGAUUAUUAAAGAGGUAAAAGUACCAGUCAACGCAGCAGAAGCUGCCGUCAUAGCAUGUGUCAUGGCCGCCAGACAGACCAACUCGCGUGUGAUCAUCCUACCCACAGUCAGUGGCGCGACAGUCAGAAUUCUGAACUGGAUUCGACCACCAUGUUUAGUCAUUGCUAUCAGCUCUGAUGUGCGGACGACUCGCAGACUACAUAUUUAUAGAGGUGUAACUCCAUUGCUGUUCUCUAGUAAGUAUCUUCUUGAUUCUUUCCAGUUUAUGUGA